GAGUUUUAAGAGACAGAAAGUGAAAGCAAACUAGCAUUGAAAAACCCAGUCACUGCCAGUUCUACUUCUACCCCACUUCUGUAGUACUGUUCCUCACUUUAAUUAGAGUCAGAAUGUCAAAAGCUGCAGUGUUAAAAAUGAGCAAAGAGUCUGUACAGAAGGUUGAUGUAUUUCGAAAUGCUCUGUACAAAGAGGCAGAAGAGUUGAUGUCAGGAUUUCUUGCACAGAAGAUCACGGAGCUCGACAGCUUUUUGAAGGAGAGCUGCAUGAACCUGACUGAUCUGUCAAGCCUACACGCUGAACUGGACAUCCCCAUCCCUGACCCUCCCAAGAAGGAAGAUGAGGAAGGAUCAAAGAUGGAGACUGAUAAAGAGGAUAAUGGAGACUCGAAGAAAGAAGCUCCCAAAUGUCCAUUUAUUAAAGGCAACGAGAAGAUACUUGCACUGUUGAAUCGUGUGAAGCCUGAAGUCCGAAUACUCAAAGAGAAAUGCAUAAUGAUCACCACAUGGAUCCAGCAUUUAAUUCCCAAGAUUGAGGAUGGCAAUGACUUUGGUGUUGCAAUUCAGGAAAAGGUUUUGGAACGUGUAAAUACUGUUAAAACAAAAGUGGAGGGAUUUCAGACAAACAUAUCAAAGUAUUUUUUGGAGCGGGGAGAUGCAGUUGCCAAGGCCUCCAAAGAGACUCAUGUAAUGGACUAUCGCACUCUAGUGCAUGAAAAAGAUGAGGCUAUUUAUGCUGAAAUGCGGUCAAUGCUGCUGGACAUUAGAGGCUUCUAUGUGGAACUAUAUGACAUCAUCAGGAAGAACUGUGAAAAGAUAACUAAUCCAAAAGGAGACGAGAAACCUUCAAUGUACUGAUGAUAAGAAAACUGACACAUAAAGGCAAACAUCUUGUUUAUUUAAAACUUAAUGGAGAGUUGUUUCUGAACUAUGUGAUUCUUAUCCUCAAGGCCACCAAAGUAGUGGUGACCUGAUGUAGUGCAUAUUUUGAUUCAAAAAUAAUUUUCAGUUUUUAGAAUUGAUGGCUUUUUGUGUUUCUGAUUUUUAAGUACUUGUAAUAAAAUGGUAAAAAAGUUA